AUGAAAAUGAGUAACGGCGCCGCCCACUACUACAACUUCGAACCCCGCCAUUACCAACCUGGCGAUCCGGGGUACGUAGAUCUCUCCUCCCGCACUGGCCCUUCCUCCGGAUCCAGCGUGCGCUCGGGAAGCUCGGUACGAUCGACAUCGUAUUACACGCACCCAUCAGGUGCCAGCUCACAGAGAUCCUUACAAUACAACCCCCGCACACAGCACUCCACCACUCCCCGCAGGACCAGCUACCCCGAGUCUGUCCACAGCGGAUACGCAUCUUCCAUCGGCUCCUACGCCUCAGCAGGGUACUGCGGGCCAUCUCUUCCGCCAGACGGGCGUGACAGAUGGGUUCCGCCGCUGGCGCCAUCGGUUGAUGGCACUAGCACUAUAGGAAGAGGUGGAGCCAGAUCAGAGUAUUCGACUGCCUCUUCGCGGGCCACAACUGAUAUGGCGGCGCCGUCUAGGCGGUCUUCGCUGCUGAGUGUGAGCUCGGGGAGGGAUUCGGCGUAUGGUAGUGGGGGCUCUGUCACUAGCAGGGGCGCUUCAUUGACUAGUAGCAACCUGAGGAGAGCCAACACGCAUAGCUCUUCUUCUUCGUCGAGGUACACGGAGGGAGGGAUAUGGCCGACGAAUAGCAUUAAUUGGGUUGUAAAUCCAACUCGGAGGGCGGGAGAGGGUAGGCAAUGA